UGAGAGUGACGUGUGGAUCCCAUUCAGGAAAAGAGGAAUUUCCCAUCUGCAUUGCCUUCAUUUCUGGGGGCAGAGAGCGGGGCUGCAGCUCUGCUCAGCCGGUGCCACUCAGACUGACUGCUCGGCGCCCGAAGAGGACAAGCAGCAGCAGCAGCAGCCAUGCAACAGGCGGCCAGCGGGCAGAGGGAGAGCCUCGGGCGAGGGGCACUGCCCGACCAAGAGCCCAAAUACGUGGAGAUACCGAUGUCUGCCAGUAAGACCGGGGUCACCAUCACCGUGAGCGCCCUGGCAGUAGGCAGAGCAGAGGGGACCCAGGGAGACGGGGUGACCGGGAGCAAGCAGACCUCUGCAAGGGGGGAGAAGCUCAGCCGGACAGCAGGACUCAGCCCCGGAGAUCAUCACCUGGCCUCACAAGUACCCAAAGUGCCUGGCGAGCUGCCAAAUGCAGGGGGCAAAGUGGGACUAGAGGAAGGAUCUGAACAGGGCACCUCCUGCCCCCCCUCCCCCGCCGACAUGCCCCAGCAUGGGAUCGCCAGCGACGAGGCGCACUACAUCACCACUCACGAGAUCCAGCUCUGCGAGGCUGCAGACCAGGAGCCGGACUACCCCAGCGGCUUUGGCCUUGCCCCCUCCAGCACUUGGAGCCAGCCGGCGGACAGCGCCCCCUGCGCCUUCCUGGAGUACGCCUCUUUUGACAGCCAGGGGGGCACCCCGAGCGACGAGGAGGACUGCAGCUACUACCUGAGCACAGCCGGCAGCGACCCCAACCCGGGCACCGACAGCCUGGGCAGCACCGAGCUGGUCAGCACUUACUCGGACAGCGACACUACCUCCCCGAGCAGCAGCAGGGGCAGCACCAAGGAGAAGCCGGCAGCCAGCCCGGGCGAGUCCACAGCCGGGACCGCCGCCGGCCAGAUCCUCCUAUCAAUCAAAACAGCAUCCAAGGCUAUAAAUGACCCUAGCAACGUGCAGCCGGCACAGCAACACAGCGCCCCUGCUGCUGCCAAGCAUGAGACAGACAUGAGCUACUGCGUCUCCAGAGCCACCGAGAGCAAGUCAGCUUUCCGCCAGCAGCAGCAUCACUGCCUCCCGCAGCAGCCCCACCUCCCCGAUGCGCACAGGCUGGUGGCCAUACCGGCGCGCCUGCAGGCUCGCAGCGGGGUCCAUGCAGACAUCUCCAGCGGCGCUUCCAGCGCGGUCAGCGAGCUAGACGAUGCAGACAAGGAGGUGCGCAGCCUGACAUCCAGAGCCUUCCGCAGCCUGGCUUAUCCCUACUUUGAAGCCAUCAAUUUCAGCUCCAGCGAGUCCACCACCUCCCUGUCAGAGCAGAACAUCGGCAUAAACAGCUGGUCCACGUACCUGGACUGGAAAGGGGCGUCCUUCCUCUCGCAGAAGGCAGAACAGAGCCUGCACCAGCAGACCUCGGCCACCUCCAGCUUCGGCGUGAGGAAGCUGGGCAAGGAUGCAGCCAAAGAGCAGCAGCAGCAGGUGUAUGUGCACGCCAACAAGAGCAAGGCGUAUGAGCUUGUGCUCAGCGAGGUGGCAGGGAAGAAAGCCAGCCCGGCAUCUUCCUCUAAGCGCAUCCAGUCCGGCUCCAGGGUUGUAACCUUAACGGAGACCCUGAACUUCAGCAGCAGCAGCAGCAAUGUGGCCGCAGCGCAGCCUCCUGACCAUGCUCCAGGCUCAGCUUGCAGGGAUGGAGUUACAGAACCGCUGCCAAAACAAGAACCUGCUGCGACGCCUGAAGCGAGCAUCAAGCCCAGCAGCGCCGCAGCAGAAGCCAUGGAGGGGGCUCACAAAUCCAAAUAUGCCUCCAGCCUCCUGAAAAAUGUCAUUUCCAAAAAAAUGCAGCGGGAGCAGGAGUUUAUGAUGGAGAGAGGGGAGAUCAGCGACACCUCACAGAAAGCCGCUGCCAAUCUGCUCCGGGAGACCGAGGGGCAGUUCAAGGAGAAGGGACUACAGAGGCAGAACUCCAGGUUCUCCGAGACAGGCUCUGAUUUCACCCUGCUCAGCAGCGAGGACCUCGGGGACUUUUUCGAUUCUAAAACUGGGACACCUAAAGAGUUUGCACCUGUGGACGGCAAUACCAAUAAGCAGAUGUCUCCCUUCGAGUCCCACCGCGAGGAAGCCAUCUGUGAGAUGAAGAAAAGUGCUUCGGAGACUAUGAAAGGGAUUUUCCUCCGUAGUCAAAAUAGUGCCUUCAGGUCAUGGAAGGAGAAGGAAAUCAAAAAUAUGGAAAAGAAGAUUGAGGAGACAGUUGCCAAGGCAAGAAAGAUAAAAAUACCACUGGAAAGGGACUGGAAAGCAGAUAUAGGAGAGAUAUCUACUGUUAAAUCUACUAAAAUGUCUCAGUUAUAUGUGCCUGGCAUCCAGCACAUACCCAAAGAGAAGCAAGUGGUGAAACAAGCUACCAAAUGCUCUGUGUCUACCUAUGCCCAUCAGAGCUGCUUGAGCCAAAAUGAUAAUGACUUUAAAAGUGAAAAACUUCAUAUCUUACAGGCUUCUGCCAGCAGAAUGACUCCUAUGAUCACCCCCAAACCUCAAGAGAUUAAACUUAAUCUAGGAUUAUCCACCGAGAAUAAAGAUAGCCCUUUUAAUAUUGCCAAACUGCUGACUCCUAAACUAGCAUCCACUGUGGCCAGUCUAUCUAAGGCAGCAGCAGAAGACCUGAAAAAUCAAAUCCCUUCCAGGGCUGAGGUCCUGGAGAAAAUGCCCCAGUUUCUUGUUAGAGACGUGAGAGAGGCUAAACCCAAAGUGCAAGGUACGAUUCACCAGGUAAGGGAUGUUAGAAAAUUGCUUAAAAGUUCUUACAGCCAAGAGGCAGGGGACAGUGACAGGGGAAGUGUAAUGUCUGACCACAGUGCAACUGAUCAGAAGUCAAAGAUGUCUAGGGCCUCUUCCUCAGUGUCUCCAAUUGUGAUCACCUGCCAGGCAGUGAAAAGUAAAGAGGAAGCUGAAAAUGGUCAGACUGAUCCUGCGGUGGAGGGAGAGAAGGGCUUGUCACCUGCAGAGACAGUCCUGGUACACAGAGCUUCAGGCAGGCUCCCUGUAGCCACCAUAGCACCCAACAAAACAGGACCGAGAAUUCCUGUAGUAAAGAUUGUGUCUAAGGCAUCCAAGUUGAAGCAGGAAAAACCAAAGGAUCCAGAAAUAAAAGUGGAGCCAAAAUCUCCGCAGUCACGGGCAGCUCUUGAGAAGCUGACUGCCGCUGUGAAAACAAUGGAACAGCUCUAUGUGUUUGACAGGAAAGAGUGGAAGCGCAAAGAUGAGCCACAACUACUCGCAGGAAGCCACAUACUUUCUCUUAUUACCGGUGAGGAGGCAUAUGGGGACAGGAAAUUGGUGCCAGUAGAGGAUUCUAAGACUGGGACUGUUGCGAUUGAGGAUCCCUGGAAAGCUCCUCUAGUCUCCAAAGCUCCAGAGCCCCUUGUACGCCGGAAUUCUCACCCAAGCCUAGAAAAAAGCCCCCAUAAGCCUCCAGUUGUAGAAAACAAAACACCACCAAGGACAUUCCAGGUGUCCAGGUUUCGUGAAGGAAAAAAGCAGGGACAGCAAGACAAGAACUUGCCCAGCAGAGGGACCAGCAAUGUAAAUGUUUUCAGUGUAAGCGCUACCCCGCCAAAGAGCAAGCAGCAAAGCUUGGAGUCAGUUCUGAAUACCAAAAAUGCACGACCACAACCACCUACUACCCUCAAGAUCCCUCAAAUCCCCGCCGAGGAGCCCAAGAAGGCUGCGUCAACUCCUCCACAGCCUCCUUCCCUUGUGCGGAAAGCCAGUGCUGACUUUGAGAACUACCUCACCAUACCAGUAAAAGUGGCCGGGGAAGGAAAACCACCAGUAACAUCAAGUGCCCGUGAGCCAUCAACCAACAACAGAGAAAUCACUACAGGCACCCGGGAGAGCUCUGGAAAUGCACAGGAAACCAAUGCAAACACGCGAGAAAACACUUCAAACAGAAGAGAAAAUAAUGCAAACACCAAAGAACCUACUGCUAUAAUCCGAGAAGCUGUAGCGACUAUCCGAGACUCAGCAGUGCCAGGUGCCCUCCCAGUUUCCAGUAGCAAAGCCCAGGCAACAAGCCCCAUUAAAGCACCCAACGACUGGCGCAGCAAGGUGAAAGAGGGUGUACAGCCCACACGAGCUGCAUCAGCAGGCUCAGAGCCCCAAACCCCAGACUCUGUUCCUUCAGCUACUAUUUAUCAUCAUCCUUUACCACCAGUGGCCAUGGCAAUGCCCAAUACCCAGGGCCCCAUCUAUUACUCUCCCCCUUUGCAGUCAGCUGCGCCUGCUGAGAUGUAUCCCCAAACCCAGCGAAAAAUGUUGGUGGACUUAGCCACAGGCCAGUAUUAUCUAGUGGACACCCCUGUGCAACCAGUGAAAAGGAGACUGUUUGACCCUGAAACUGGACAGUACGUGGAUGUCUCUGUACCUCCUCCUCCUGUUACCCCUGUGCCCUAUCAUAUGCCACAAUUAGCCCUUAGCCCUGGUGCUUAUGGGCCUGCAUAUAUGUUUUAUCCCGGGUUUAUACCCACUCCCCCAACUGCUCUCCUUUCUUCCAACACCCUGCAAACACAGCUCUCCAACCCAGGCAGCGAACACACCUAUGAAAUGCCAGUGGUAGAAGGGUCAUUACAAGGGGAUUUGGGCUUUUCUGAGAGUCCGUAUUAUUUAGCCACUGGGUCUACAGCACCGAGUGCAUCAACUGGACAGUCCACUAACAUCAGGAGAGGAUCUUUAGGCUGUUCCGAUGGAAAGCAGGUCUUCAGCAUCUUAUCCCAGCCUGGACCCAGGAUUGUGGCCCCACCUUCCUUUGAUGGUACCACUAUGCGUUUUGUUGUGGAGCACAGAUGAAAAUCCAGUGAGCAUCUCUUUUGCUGAUUCGGACCAAGUUCCACAUAGCGCAAGAGGAUGUGGGACUUGCACAAAGUUGGUGGGCAUGAAUGAAGCUUGAUACAUAAGCUUUGCGCCUGUGCUGCGACACAAAGUGGAGUGCCUCUGAAUAACCCAUGUCAGAAGAGCUAGUGGAGAAGGCAAAAACACAGCGUGUGGAUUGUGUGAGUUUGGAACGUAGCAUAGUUAGCCAAAAAUAGAUUUCCAUUGAAACCUGGAGUGUUUUUUUUUGUUUUUUAAAAUACAUUGUUUGGACUGUGCAUAACUACAGGAAAAAUCUGUGGAUCUCUUUUAGGAAAGCGUUGUCACAGUGUCAUUGAUACCUAUAAUCUAAUCUUUUGUGGCUUAUGAUGUUGCCUCUUAAUGACAGUAAGACAAACAAAGUGUUUUUGACUGCUUUAAAGGCUGUGAACUGAAAGGCUGUCUCAUUGCCAAAUACAUUGCGGUAGUCUGUUAUUUAAGGACAGUCCCCUUAGUAGGGUAGUGGGUAUUCUAUGCUACAAGCAGAAACAUACUUCAGAAUGAUAGUUUUACUAUGUGUCAUUAUCACUACUAUUAUGUGCUUGAAGACAAACGUCAUGAUGUCUAAUAUGUCAUUGGGACGUGAACAAUACCUGCCUCACAUUAUCUUGUGCCUUACUGUAUGUAACAUUAUCUACAAGAGCACUGCAUGUAUUUGACGGGUAAAUCUGACUCAAUAUUGUAUGUAUUGUCCUCUAUAAAUGUAUUAUCAAUGUCACUAAGCACUUUCUCAAGAAAUUAUACUACUAGUUCCGCAUGUACAAUCAACUCCAAAAACAAAACAAAAUGCACAUUGCUUUAUUAAUAAAAACAACAACAGAAAAAACCAACAGUUUAAGAGUCACAUCACUUCUAACGAUACCGUACACAUUGCUCAUGGGAGAAAAUGGAGAAAAAUGUUUCCUAAGCAUAUCAGAAAUCUUGUGAGGUGGUAGGUCAUAAAGAGAUUCCUGUUGUUCCUAAUCACAAUAAAUAAAUACUUAGCUGUGAAAUGUACAGCAAGGUUACUUAUAACAGCACAUUGUCAACAUUUGGGGUUCUAAAAUACAUUUUCAUAAUUUACUUAUAAUUCAGGUGUAUUCACUAUUAACAAAUAAUUUGAUCAUAUAAAAUAAUACAACAAUACAAUGUAACAUGCAUUUUAUAGUGUGUGUGUGUGUGUGUGUGUGUGUGUGUAUAUAUAUAUAU